UCAUUAUAAGUUUUGUCGUCAACGAGGUUCGUGCGUCGAGUGUUUUGUAAAGUGUUUUUUACGUGUUUACGGCGAAAUGGGUAGAAACAGGUCCAAAAAUGAAAUUAAAAAGAGGCUGAAACGGAAGCAGAAUCGCCUAAACCAACUUUGGGAGCGUUUAGAGGAUGUAUCAAGCGAUGACGCAUCAUCCUCCGGCAGUGAUGAUUCUUCCAGUGAAGAUAAUCACUCUGGUUCCGAAAGGGGAAGGCGGAGCCCAGUGAAUCUCCCGCUUGAACCCAUCGAUAGCCCGGCGAUAAAUGCAGGCAGUAACAAACCAAACACCUCGGACGCAAUAAUUACCUUAUUAGGUAAACAACCAAACCUUACCCAACAGUUUGGAGAAAACAUUCACGAAGAUAUUGUAAUGCGCUGGAGCGAAUUUCUAAGAAAAGGGGUUGAAAAAGAUGACAAAAAAGCUUUGAUCGACAGUUACCCUAUCGUAGGAAACUGUAAAGAAUUACUCGCACCUAAACUAAACAUGGAAAUUGCAACAUGUUUAAACGAAAGCUUGAACCGACAAGACAUGUACCUUAGUAGGAUACAAGACGAAAUUGGGGUAGCCAUCUCCGCUUUAGGGAAACCUUUAGGCAAUUGCUUCCCUAAUCCAAGCGAACAGUCUAAUGAAUUCUUAAAACCCAGUAUUGAUGCGGCGAAAAUCUUAACUAAUGUCCAUCAUAGCAUAUCUACACACAGGCGCCAUGUUAUUCUACCUCAUCUGAACAGCUCGGUGAGGAAGAUCAUCGAAGACUACCCAAUAGACGAGUUUUUAUUUGGGGACAAGUUUGCGGAGAAACUGAAGUCAUCCAAGGAAAUACAGAAGACGUCCUCAGAUCUUAGAUUACAGAACCCCUCCACCAGUUCAAAAAACUACCAGCGCCCCAAAUACAAGUCCAAAUACAAGAACCAAUGGAACUACAAAGCGAAGGGUCGGAACACCCAAGGGGUCUCAUACAACCAAGCCCGGCUGAAAAAGAAAAGGACCCAAUAUUAAUGGAAACCUCACCCCUUAUGGCGGACAAUUACCCUGGCUGCCGGCCAUUUAUCAGGGAAGCCUUUGUAAAGAAAGGGUUUCCCGAAGAGGCCAUUGCAUCCAUAGUAGCAUCAGUAGCUGACAGUACACUAAAACAAUAUGACACCUGGUUUAAAAAAUGGUGGGGUUUCUGUUGUGACAUAAAUCACGAUAAAUGGUCCUACGACCUUACUACCUUUAUUAAAUUUCUAAGUAUACAAGUAGAUAACUCUAACUCUUAUUCGUCCAUUAACGCGUGCAAGUCAGCAUUAUCCUUUGUACUCCCCAUCGACACUCGAGAUGAGGGAAUAAUUAAAAGAUACUUAAAAGGCAUUUAUAACCAAAGGCCACCAAGGCCAAAAUACAAUACAACCUGGGAUCCUCACCCAGUACUGAGUCUGUUAGAAAAUAUGUUUCCUUUAAGUACUUUAUCCUUAGAAAAGUUAUCACAUAAGUUAGUUACUUUGUUAGCAAUUAUUACGGCGCAUAGAGUACAAACAUUCUCAAAAAUUAGAUUAAGUUAUAUAAAUCAGUUUGAUGAUAGGAUCGAAAUACUGAUCCCAGAUACCGUCAAAACUAGCGGGAAAAAUAAAUUUCAACCUGUGCUAAAGUUACCAUUCUUUAGAGACAAACCAGGGUUGUGUUUAGCAUCUACGGUUUUAUUUUAUCUAAACACAACUAAAAGCCUCCGCGCCGAUAAUAAUGAUUAUUUAAUACUGACACACAGGAAACCUUAUCAUACGGCCACAAGCCAAACGAUAAGUAGAUGGAUCCGCUCGACUCUAAAAUCCGCGGGUGUUGAUACAAGCAAAUUUUCAGGCCACAGCACUCGGCAUGCCUCAACUUCGGCCGCAUACCGAGGCGGAGUUAACAUUGAGGAAAUAAGAAAAUAUGCAGGAUGGACUGAAAAAUCAAACGUUUUUAAUAAAUUUUAUAAUAAACCAAUAUCAACACCGGCGGAUCUCUUUGCAAAAGGGGUCCUCCAAGGAUCCAGUAUUACCUGUUAAAAUAAGAGUUCCUUACUUUAAGAUUUAGUGCGUUCUGUUCCUUGUAAUUACGUUAUAUACCUAUAUGUUUGUUACAAUGUAAACAUACAGUUUAAUGGUUAUAUUAUUAUAUUUCGUUACACACCUUUAAAAGGUGCCUUUCCUAUAAAUAUAUACAAAUUACUUAAGUAUAUAUUAUACAAAGCUUAUAGGGAAUAAAGCUAUUUUCUAGA